AUGAUGAAAUCUCGUGCGACAUAUAAUCGUUUUCUUUUACUUUUAUUACUACCUGCUGUCAUUGUAUUUUCUGUACUUUAUCUUACAUCUCUACCACUAUCAUCACUUGUAAGAAAUAGUAAUCUAUCAUCAAUUCAACUAUCAUUUAAAAAUUCUCUUAAUCAUUCAUCAUGUGCAUAUUUGUCAUCAAGAAAACCAACGGUUGUAAACACUCAAAGCUCUCAAUGUCGACCAUUUAAAGUAUCUGAUAAACGAGCAUUUUUUGAACGUGAAUCUACACAAAUAAAUCUACCUCGACGUUUAUCAAAUUUAACAGCUAAUAAUCUUCAUCAUCGACUUCAGUCACUUCGAUUAGCUAUAGUUGUAUGUGCACAUAAUGCUGAAAAAGUUAUCGAUAAAUUUCGAAACUAUGCCGAAUCAAUUAUUGAUUUAUUUCAUCCAUCAUCACAUAUACUUAUUUGUGAAAGUGAUUCAAAAGAUAAUACAUUAAAAAUUCUUCAUCAAUGGUCUCGUGCUCAAAUUUAUACAUAUCGUAAUUUAUAUAAAUCUAUUCCAAAACGUACAGAACGUAUUGCAUUUUGUCGCAAUAAAUUAUUAGAAAAAGUUCGUCAAUUACAAUCGGAUUAUAUGCUUGUUCUCGAUAUAGAUAUAUUAGCUACAAAUGUAAAUUCAUUUCUUUCUAAUUUCGAGUAUGAUACUAAUAAUUGGUCUGUUAUGACGGCUAAUACGAUUGGAUCAUAUUAUGAUAUUUGGGCAUUACGAACUUUAUCAGAUACAAUACUUAAUUAUGAUGUGUGGCAUCGAGUAUGGUCAUUAAGAUUUAUAAGUGAUUAUUGUCUAGAUUCAUUAGUAAAAAACAUACUUAAUAUUCAUCAAAAAACAUUUCCAGUUGGUCGAGAUCUUUUGGAAGUUCGUUCAGCAUUUGGUGGUGCUGGAUUAUAUAAAAUGAAUUCAACUAAAGAUUGUUAUUAUUCUGGUGAAGCUUAUACAUGUGAACAUGUUCCAUUUCAUUUAUGUAUGCGAGAAAAAAAUCAAGCAAGAAUAUUUAUUAAUCCAAAAUUUAGACAUCGACGAUUACAUAAUAUUAAAUGA